UACAGCAUAAAGAUGCAAAACUUGACUGACAAAUAUUUGGUCUGUGCUCUUUUUAUUUGGUGAGUGGCCAUCAAGCUAUCAGUGGAGUUAUUUGGCAAUUAAACACAUUCUCUGUCUUUCCAAAGCCAAAAGUCACUGGACUUCUGCCACAGUAUACCAAAUAAAACCGUAUCAUUUUUUCCCAUUGAUUUUACAUAGGGAUUGUUUAGUGAACAUUUUAAAGUAAACUUCUUUGAACCUGUUUUUUUUAAUUCAUUCCUACUCAGAAUCUUUUAGAUGUUCACUAAGGACACUUUUUUUGAGUAAUUAAACCUUGUUUUACCCCAGUGCCUUCAAUGUGCUUUGAAUCAAAACAGAUUGCACACAUAUUUUGUGAAAAAAAUGUUGGAUCAUCAUUGUUAAAUAGAAUGUUUCCAUAAAUAAUAAACUUGAAUGGAAAGUAAAAUAAAAAAAGUUGCCUUAAAAAGAAAACAAUCCUACAUUUUUAAUUGAUGAGAGCAGUGAAGAGUACCAAGGGCCACAGAAUACUUAUUUCUUUGUUGUAGUGCAGGCACAAGAGCUGUAGCCUCUAAUGUUCAUUUUGUGCAGAAGGUGGUUGACCCUCCCCUUGCACCUGUUGCAGGCUGCUGGCACGACUCACCCACCCACUAAAUGUCUUGAAUGCAUGUAGGAUUAUUCUGUACAGUAGGAAGCUUAGAAUGGCGCAAACCUUGUUCUGUAGUGUGCUGUUUGUGUGCUAUAUUGGAAAUGGAACGGUGAAGGUUGCAAAUGGCACAUGACUCGUGGGAAACAGCAGAAAUAGAUACACAUGCAAUUAUGCAGUCUAUGUGCUUACAUGCACCAUCUUCAUGCAAAUGUUAUUUUUACGACACCUACAUAUAAGGAAGAUGUGCAUACUAAAUUAAAAUUAAGUUUUUUUAUAGGUAAAAAGUUAUGGUAUUUGUAAAAAUCAUAAGAAGAAAAAAGUUCAUUGAAUGCUUUGCAUGCAAGAGGUGGAUUUAGGAAACAAAGAAUUCAAGAGGGAUUUCUAAUGCGAAAUGCUGAUGUAAUCAGUCUAAUUAUGGCUGGUGUGCCCCUUAUGUACUUGUGUGAUGUCUGUUUAAUACAAGCUGAUGCCUAACACACUUGUAACAUGAUAUCACGUAGUCUGGCUUCUAGUACUGCUUGACGCCAGCAGCAGAAACAAAUCUAAAAUAAACUGUAAGCACAUUACACAUAGUACAGCGUGCAUUUUUAACACAAACAGCUAGCACUACCAAAGACAGAUGUAGCAGAGCUAGAUUUAAUUGAACUGGAGAUUAUGCUCAAAACUGCACAGGCGUCCACAGUGAUUUUCUCUCCUUAAUUGCAGUACAAUGCAGUCCCUGAAGGGUUAACCACAAAAACCUUUUACAAGCUUCCAAGGAGGUGGAGGAGGGAUCUCUGCAUGGAAGCUUGUUAUCCUCUAGGAAAAAGGGGAACAAUCCAUACAUCUAUCUAACAGGCAGUCAGGUGACCUAUGGAUAAACAGCAAGCCAUACCCUGUGCAACUAAUGUUAUGCUAUAACAAGAUGUGCUCACUACGUUAUUAAAAAUAAAGAAGUGGAAAGCUUUGAAGAGCGCCAAAGUCCUGCUUAUUCUGUACUUGGGGGGUUGAAAACUGAGAUUUGCCUUUAUCAUCUUCUGCUACCUAUGUGUUUUCAGAACCUGACAUUUUCCCCAUGCCUUCUGUGCAUCAGAGAGCAAUAUUUGUGAUGAGAGUGUAGAGAAAAUGUUGACAGAGACUGUCAACAUGAACAGCACAGAAGGAAUGCUGCAUGUUACACAGCUGUACAGUAGACCAUUGAGUAUGAUGCCAGGAACUGAUGAGAUGACUGCCUUCAAUCAAACUGAAAUUUGUGAAAACUGGCGGGAAAUACAUCACCUAAUAUUCCAUAUCGCAAAUGCAUGUUUUGCAGUUGGGCUUCUCAUCCCAACCACUUUGAACUUCCAUAUGAUAUUUCUGCGUGGCAUGCUAACCAUAGGAUGUGCUCUAUUUAUCGCCUGGGCAACACUGUAUCGAUGUGCUUUAGAUAUAAUGGUUUGGAAUGCUGUGUUCCUAGUCGUCAACUUCAUGCAUUGUAUAUACUUAUUGUACAAGAAGAGGCCGAUUAAGAUUGAGCGAGAACUCAGGCCUGUGUACCGAAGAAUGUUUGAACCUCUUCACGUACCACCAGAACUAUUUCAGAGAUUAAGUGGUCAGUUCUGCAACAUACAGACACUCAAAGCAGGACAGGUGUAUGCAGCAGAAGACAAAACAACUGUUGAUGAUCGACUCAGUAUCUUGUUAAAGGGAAAAAUGAAGGUCUCCUAUCGAGGACACUUCCUCCAUAACAUUUAUCCUACUGCCUUCAUUGACUCUCCUGAAUUCCGAUCAACCCAGAUGAACCGCAAUGAAAAAUUCCAGGUUACUAUUACUGCUGAAGAAAACUGCAGAUUUUUGUGCUGGUCAAGAGAAAGAUUAACAUUCUUUUUGGAAUCUGAACCAUUUCUUUAUGAGGUCUUUAAACACCUGAUAGGUAAAGACAUCACUAACAAGCUAUACUCUUUGAACGAUCCUACACUAAGUAACAAGACAGCAAAAAAGCUGGAUCGUCAGCCGAGCCUGUGCUCCCAGGUGUCAGUGAUGCAGAUGAGGAACAGUAUGGCCAGCACAAGUGAUACAGAUGAUGGUCUUCAGGUGUUUCUCCGUGGGACGUCCACUGCAUCUUCUCUGCGUCACUCACCUUGUAUGAGGGCAUCAUCAAAAAUGAGGCCCAUUGAAGAAUGCAUUGAGGAUGAUGUUUUUGAGCCUGCUUCUCCAGUCACGCCAACAUCUCCAGGAAUCUCACAUGUGGCAUAGCUGAAAGGGAUGUCAAACCUCCUGGCAAGUGGAGCUGACUGUCCUCAGAAACUCUCCAAGAUUCAGUGUCACCAGUAUACAUCACUCACCAAAAAGCCAUAGAAGACCUCAAAAAGUCUCCAGGAUUCAGUGUCACCAGUAUACAUCACUCACUAAAAAGCCAUAGAAGACCGCAAAAAGUCUCCAGGAUUCAGUGUCAUCAGUUUACAUCACUCACCAAAAAGACACAGAAGACCUCUAGGACUAAUACAAAUAUUAUAAACUUCAAAUAGCAGCUACUGAUCGAUGUCCACCUUAUUACUCCCACGUAGUCUGAGAAUGUCCAGUUGCCAAUGAAAGCAUUUCCUGAUUGACAAAGCUGUAAUCCCUCUAUAUGAAACUAUGCAUUGGAACCAAAAGAUGUGGCAUUUUACAAUGACAUAUUGCUGUGCUGGAAGGGCGUAAUUAUAAAUGCUCCUAACUGGAAUGGAAAUAAUUGCCCUUGCAGCAAUAUUAGAAAGAACUAGUGAUUGAAUAUGGAGGGACUAGUGUGUUUUUAAACUGAGAUGUCAGUCUGUUUUAACCAAUUUCAAAUUAUCUGGUCUUCUGGAUAGUUAUUUGCUCAAUCAUGUUUGUUUAUUUGACUUGCUUCAUAGCUCUGAUGGUACCCUGCCUUGGCAGAUAACUAUCACAAAAUAAGUUAACACGAGGCCAGCUGUUCUGCUUUACUCUAACUUUGUAAUGAAGAAUCUUACUAGUGCAUACUGUUCCAUGGCAAGAACAUCUGUAUUUUCCCAAAAGCACAAAGGGUACCUUUUAAAUCUGUCCUCAUUGACCUUUGGCUGGGGUGCUGCAGUUAUACAUUAAUGUAUCUGCAAUACAUUUAAGAAAGUAGAUUUAUAGUCACGUGUUUGUCUUAUUCCUGAUACUUCUUAUUCACUGUUCACUGAGACUGCUUCCCUCAGCUGGUGGAAGUGUAACACAGGUUAUAUACAGCAGUAGCACCUCCAUACCUGGAAUUGUUUAAAUACAUCAUAAAUAUGUUCUUUUGACUUAUGUUUUGUGUCACCUUAUCUAGAUGAAUUACUCACUUUUGUUGUUUCACUGUGACAGCACCCUAAAAAUAAAGAAGGGUGCAGUACAAAUCAAAUAAAAGAAAUACAAUAAAAUUA